AUGAUGUCCUCCAGGCUCAUGCGGCCUGCCUUCGCUGCUGCCCGCCGAACGGCAGCUCCCCAAACUGCUAUCCGAACCUACGCCGCAGCUGCAACUGUCGACCCGAAACCUCCUGUGCCGCUAUUCGGACUUGAUGGAACUUAUGCUAAUGCUCUGUACACCGCUGCCGCAAAGACCAACAACCUGGAGCCGACCUCGAAAGCCAUCACCAGCCUGACCCAGAUCCUGAAGAGCGACCCCAAGCUGCAGGUGAUUCUGACCGCCCCGACCCUUUCGGAUUCGGACAAGUCCCAGAUCGUGGCUGAGCUGGAAAAACACACCGGUGGUGCCGACAAGAGUGGUACGGUCAAGAAUUUUUUGUCCACUCUCGCGGAGCAUAAUCGGCUGGGCCUGCUUGAGGGGGCCUGCGAGAAGUUCGGCACAUUGAUCGGUGCGUCGAGGGGUGAGCUGGAGGUUGUGGUCACGAGUGCUCAGAAACUUGACGAAAAACUGCUCAAACGCCUCGAAACAGCCAUCUCCAAGUCCGAAUACAGCCAGGGCAAGAAGCUCAAGUUGACGAGCAAAGUGAGCCCGGACAUCCUCGGCGGUCUGGUCGUCGAGUUUGGCGAGCGCACAAUCGACCUCAGUGUUUCCAGCAAGAUUGCCCGGUUGAACAAGCUGCUCACCGACACCGUGUAG